AUGGCAGCAUGUAUGGACGCAUUUCGAUACCAGAAUGCUCAUGGAAUAAUGAAUGAUUCAUUGAGAAAAACCAGAACAAAUUUGACAUCAAUCGAUGCAGAUGAAUUUCCGAUUACCAAACGAAUUUUACCUGGAAUAAACAAUAUCAAUAAUAAUUCGAUUCUGGAAAGUGAUGAUGGAACUGGUAGAACAAGUAAUGGGAAUAAUGUAUCCGGUGACCAACAAGCAAACAAUCCCUUUUACAAUUGUAUUGAUAGUGCACCGGAUAUUCCUGAACGAGGAAAAACAGUUCCGUUGGAUCUUGAUAUGGGCUUAUCACUCAGUAAACGAUCUGCUGGUGUUCCAAAUGGAAUUGAAAGACAUAAUCUGAAUGAUGAAGAACUGCGUACACAUGUAUAUAAAAAAACUUUACAAGCAUUGAUUUAUCCCAUAUCAUUGACAACUCCACAUGCUUUUGAAUUGUGUUCGUUUACUUAUCCAGCACAUUGUUAUGAUUGUGAAGGCCUUCUAUGGGGUAUUGCUAGACAAGGUUUAAAAUGUCGAGAAUGUGGCGUGAAAUGUCAUGAAAAAUGCAAAGAUCUUUUCAAUGCUGAUUGUCUUCAACGUCGAGCACAAAAAGAUGCUAAACAUGGUGCCGAUGAUACAGCAAAACAUCUCAUGGAAGCUAUGUAUAUGAAAAUGACACUAAGGGAAAGUACAAAAUCACAUCUAUUUAAAACUAUUAGAGAUGUUUUUAAUGUGGAUGAAAAAUCUCAUGUUGAUCAUAUGAAAACUGUUAAACAAAAUGUCCUUGAUGGAACAUCGAAAUGGUCAGCCAAAUUGAUAAUUACUGUUAUAAGUGCUCAAGGUUUAAUAGCAAAAGAUAAAAUUGGAACAUCAGAUCCAUAUGUCACUGUUCAAGUCGGUAAAGUGAAAAAACGAACGAAAACAGUUUAUUCAGAAUUAAAUCCAACUUGGAAUGAAAAAUUCGUUUUGGAUGAAGAUGAUGAUAUUCAAGCGAAAUUAAUGCAAAAAUUAACUCAUGAAUCCGAUGAUUUUCUUGGUCAAACGAUUAUUGAAAUUCGAACAUUAUCAGGCGAAAUGGAUGUUUGGUAUAAUUUAGAAAAACGAACGGAUAAAUCAACUGUUUCUGGUGCUAUACGUCUUCAUAUAUCCGUAGAAAUUAAAGGAGAAGAAAAAUUCGCUCCAUAUCAUGUACAAUACACUUGUUUACAUGAGAAUCUAUUUUAUACAAUAUGUGAAAAUAAUAAUGGCCAACCGAUUAUUCCCGAUGCUAAAGGAGAUAACGUUUGGAAAGUGUAUUUUGAUGAACCUUCACAAGAAAUUGCCAAUGAAUUUGCAAUACGUUAUGGAAUUGAAUCGAUUUAUCAAACGAUGACUCAUUUGGCCUGUCUAUCAACGAAAUAUAUGUGUCCUGAUGUACCUGCUGUAAUGAGUACACUUUUAGCAAAUAUCAACGCUCAAUAUGCACGUACAAUGGUAACAACAGCUACCAAUCAAUUUUUUGCUUCCAGUUUUGGAAAAGAUAAAUUUAUCAAUUUACUUGAUCAAUUACACGAUUCAAUUCGUAUUGAUUUAUCGAUGUUUCGAAAUAAUUUUCCAUCAUCAAGUAUCGAUCGAAUGCAAGAUCUCAAAUCUACAGUUGAUCUUCUUACAUCGAUUACAUUCUUUCGUAUGAAGGUUCAAGGGUUAAGUUCUCCUCCACGUGCAUCGACAGUGGUUAAAGAUUGUGUGAAAAAUUGUAUAAGUUAUACAUAUCAUUUUCUCUUUGCUAAUUGUGAUGAAGUUUAUAAACGUGAAUCGAAACAACAAACGAAUCCAACCGAAAAUCAUCAUGAACUGAAUGAUGAUGGAUCGCAAAGAUCAUCAACAAACAAAACAGCAACUCAUGCCGUUGGACCAAGUCUGAAAAGUUUACAAUUUUGGGAUAAAUUAAUAUAUUUAUUAACAUGUAUCAUUUCGGAAGAUCGAGAACGAUAUAGUUUAGUCUUGAAUCAAUUUCCAUCAGAAUUAAAUGUUGGUCAUAUUAGUGCUGAUACUUUAUGGGAACUUUUAUCAGCUGAUCUGAAAGAUGAACUUCAAGAACAUGAUCGAAUUCCAGCUGAACGUCCUGAUAUGAAGAGUGAUGCUUAUAUUAAGCUUUAUUUUACGGUUAAAGGAUUCUAUGAUACAUCGGUGAAAAUUAUUCCUGAAGCAAAAAAUUCUGUUCCAGAAUAUCCUAAAUGGUUUGAACCAUUUGUCAUUCAAUGGUUAAAUGAAAAUGAUGAUAUGUCCAUGGAAUAUCUUCACAAUGCAUUUGCAAAAGAUCGUCAAACAGGAUUUCAACCAACAUCUGAGCAUUAUUUAUUUUCUUCAUCUGUUGUUGAUAUUUUUACUCCAUUGAAUGAAUAUCAUCGAAUUAUUAAGACACUUGAGAUUCAUGAUCCAUUGGUCAUUGUGAAAUAUAUGCAACGUUUUUCUGUGACUAUAUCCCAAGUCUUACUUGGUUAUGCCAAUGCAAUACGUCAAACAUUUGAACAUGUUGCAGGUCAAGAUAAUAUUUGUUCGAUUUUAAUGAAUAAUAUUCAACGAUCACGUUUUAAUCUCGACCAAUUAUAUGAAGUAAUGGGUGGAGCACAAUUAGACGAUGAAACCAAAUCUAGAUUGAAUGAAUUACAAAAGCAAUUAAGUGAUGUUCUCGAUGAAUUAAGUGCCGUGUUUGUCAAAAGUAUUGAACCAACAAUUCGACAAACAAUCGAAGAAGUCUAUAAACAAUUACAACAAAUUAAAGAAAAUCAAAUGAAUCCAGGAAAUAAUAGUGGACAACAGAAAGGAGUCGAAGCCAGUCUGGUUAUGAAAUCAUUAUUGGAUUAUCUCUACCAACGAUGGACAUUUUUUGACAAUCAAUGUGAAAAGACCGUUCGAAAACGGUUGUUAAAAGAAUUGUGGAAAGCCGUGAUUAGUGGUUUAGAGAAAGUGAUUGUUUUACCACCUAUUUCUGACUCCAACCAUCUAUUAACGAUUUCAUCAGUGAAAAUUGAAGAUGCUUAUCGAUUUUUAUCACGGGAAUUAGGUCGAGAUAAUGAUCGAAAUUUAACCCAAAACCAAUGUCAAAUCUUAGAUCAUGGUUUAGAAGAUUUAAAAGAACUUUUUCAAGCAUCAGGUCAAGGUUUAAAGAAAGAUUACCUAGAAAAAACAACAGAAUUACAAUCAUUAAAAUAUGCCCUUUCCUUGUACACACAAACAACGAAUUCAUUAAUUAAAACAUUUGUUAAAAUAGAAAAAGAUCAAGAUCGACCAGCAUUAGAAGAAUCGUUUGGUGAAGUUUCAAUUGAAGUCAAUCUAUUUACACAUACGGGUAGUGGAGAACAUAAAGUAACUGUCAAAGUUGUAGCUGCAAAUGGGUUGAAAUGGCGAACCACCGGAAUGUUUUGUCCCUAUGUUGAAUUAGCCAUGUGUGGUCCUCAUCUUAGUGAUAAAAAACAUAAAUAUACUACUAAAAUGAAGAGUAAUACAUGGAUACCAAAAUAUAAUGAAACAUUUCAUUUUCUAUUGGGCAAUGAAGAAGAACCGGAUUGUUAUGAAUUAAAUGUUGCGGUAAAAGAUUAUUCAUUUAUGCGUGAAGAUCGUUUAAUUGGUUUGAAUGUUAUUAAAUUAACACAAGUAUGUGCACAAGAUUCAUGGUCAUCUUGGAUUCCAUUGGGUGCUCGAAUUAAUUUUGAUGAUGCUGGUUUAACUAUUCUAAGAAUCUUAUCACAUCGAACGAAUGAUGAAUUAGCUCGAGAAUUUGUGGUAUUGAAAUCCGCCAGACGACAUAAGGAAGAUGUGUGA